AAAGUCUACCGCACCAUUCUUCAUUUCCGUUGUUUUCACGCUAUCAUCAAACCCUCUCUCUCUCUCUCUCUCUUCCUACAAACCUCACUGGUCUUCGAUUUUUCUCUCUCUCUCUCUUUCACUAACGGAACGAUGUCGUGGCAAUCUUACAUAGACGACCACUUGAUGGCAGACAUCGACGGCUGCCACCUCACCGCCGCCGCCAUCGUUGGCCAUGACGGCAGCGUUUGGGCGCAGAGCUCCAACUUUCCUCAGUUCAAGGGUGAGGAGGUAACAGCUAUCAUGAAUGACUUUGACAAUCCGGGUACAUUAGCUCCCACUGGAUUGUACAUCGGGGGCACUAAAUACAUGGUGAUUCAAGGCGAGCCUGGUGCUGUCAUCCGAGGGAAGAAGGGAUCCGGUGGUGCUACAGUUAAAAAAACCAAUCUGGCCUUGAUCAUUGGCAUCUAUGAUGAGCCAAUGACUCCAGGCCAGUGCAACAUGGUUGUGGAGAAGAUUGGCGACUAUCUUAUUGAACAGGGUCUUUAAUUGUUUGUGAUGUCGUCCUUUAUACGGUAUUUGGAGUUGUGGGUUCUUGGUUAUGACAAGAAGAGUUUGGUGUUUCAGAAGUGAUAGAUGGUCUCUCUGCCUCAAAUUUAAACAGGGCUUGUUUUUGCAUUUUCUGGUUAUGAAAACUGUUAUGAUUCCAUGUGAGUAAAUUAUGUAUUUUUGGUGGUUCUUCCGAUGGAUGUUCAAAUUUUAUUGAUACCUUUGCGGGUAAAGAAUUGGAUUUGAUAUAA